AUGACCCCGGGAUCUUUGGAGGACGCCAGUGAUGCCUCUUUCCACAACAAUACGCUACUUGAUGAUCAACAUGAUGCUGGUCCUACCAACAAACCCCGGGGCAACCUUGAUGAUCGGAAUGUGGACACUAGGCGCCGCCAUCGUGAUCACACGCCUCUCCCCACCCACCAUUCCCUGGACAACCAGUGUGGCAUCAACUCCAUGGUCAACAAUGCUAUCCAGGAAUUUGGCUCUGGCAACUUCCUCUUAGCCGACGGUUCCAACUUUCGCGCCUGGACUCACAACAUUGAAAUGAUUGCCCCAAGUUUUUUGCAGGACAAAGACUUCUUAAACUCCCCCUGCACCCAUCCUUGGUUGGAGCCUGCUGGCAGGAGAAUCCUUCUUGGUGUUAUCAACAGCUUGCUCAAGCAUGAGCUCUAUUCCAAGGAGUCCAGCUACAAGAUGAUGGAGGCCAUCAAGGCCUGUUUCAGCUCGGCCAUCAAAGCUUGA